UCGGUCCUCGUAAUUUUCACAAGUCUCUGCCUAUAUUAAUAGAGCAUCAACACAAGAAGAAGAAGAGAGCAGCAACAAUGGAGAUCAUCAGUAACGAGAAAAAUAAACUCUCGAGACAAUCUUCUUCCUUCCGGCUACGAAGUCCCAGUCUAAACACUCUUCGUCUCCACCGUAUCUUCGACCUAUUCGACAAAAACAACGACGGAUUCAUCACGGUCGAAGAAUUGAGUCAAGCCCUCUCACGACUUGGUCUCGAUGCCGACAUCUGCGAGCUCAAACCAACCAUCGAAUCUUUCAUCAAACCUGACGAGACCGGACUCCGGUUCGACGGUUUCGAAGCACUCCACAAAACACUAGACGAAUCCUUCUUCGGAGGAGACUGCGAGUGCGACGGAUCUCCGGAUUCGGAUCUGGAAGAAGCUUUCAACGUGUUUGAUGAAGACGGUGAUGGAUUUAUAUCUCCCGAGGAACUUCAGAAGGUUUUGAAGAAGUUAGGGCUUCCUGAAGCAGUAGAGAUUGAACACGUGGAGAAGAUGAUUGUCUCUGUAGAUAGCAAUCACGACGGUCGCGUUGACUUUUUUGAGUUCAAGAACAUGAUGCAAACUGUUCUUGUCCCUUCCUCUUGAAUCUUCAGUUAAACUUUCUCGUUUGGUUUCUUUCCUUGAAUGCAGAACAAUUUUAAGAUAACUAUUGUGUAAUGCUUUUUUCUGUUUCUUUCUUCGAUAAGGAUCCAAUCCAUGAUGUCUCUUCGAUAA